ACUCACUUCAAGAUUUUGGCGACUACAUAAGCCCUAGUAUGUCAAAGUGGCAAAACCGCUAGUAGUGGGUUCAAGUGAUUACCGAAAUUGAAACGACGAGAGGGAAAAUCACUCCCCACUUCUCACGAUCGGGCGCGAAAAAAAGGGAGGAGGAAGACGAGACUCCAAUGGCGAUGAAGAAACCGAAAAUCGAACAAGGGGAAGCAGAAGCAGACGCAGAAGCUAAUACGUUCUCAACUCAAAUCCCAGAAGAUAGAGAAGCUCUAUUAGAGUUCAUGGACCGGCGUGCCAAGUCUAUUAAACGCCUUGAAGACCAGAUUUCAAACUUCGAGAGAAAGCUUGCUGAGGAGAGAAAACUGAUGGCAGAUGCGGAGGCCAUGUUCGUACGAAUUGAUCGUGUUGAAAACGAUACCUUUUCCAUUUCUAAGAAAAAAUCAAAGGUGCCUGGUAAAACUGAUAGUUUACUCGGCAUAGCAGAGUUCUGGACCGAGGGAAAUAAGGUGAAAACUGCCAAUGAAGCCUCUUCUCCACACACACGUAGGGAGAAGGAAUCUGAGACCUCUACGCCACAUCCACCUACUGAGAAGAAAUCCUUGAAAAUGCCAUCCAUUAUUUUACCGCCUUCUUUCAAGCGAAGAGCUUCUGCUUCUGUCAGACCAGAAGUGAGUGAGACCAUCCAAGCUCAACCCAUGGCUACAAGGGAUUAUAACAUCCCAAACGAAGAUAAAAGUGGUCCUGAACCCAAGAGAUCUCGUACUAUUCCUAAUGAAGUGGUAAGGGAAACCCAAGCCCGAGAUAACCAAACUCAACCUCAAGCUCGAGAUAACCAAACUCAACCUCAAGCUCGAGAUAACCACGCUAAGAAGGAUUUCGCACAGCCAAGGAUCAGAGUUUCUUCUAACAUUUCUGGACAAGCACAACAGAAAAAAUCUGAAUUCCAAGGACAUGAUGAGUUGAUAGCGCUUAUAGGUAGAAGCUCUUUGCGUGCCACAAUUGAAAGUCGUACUGUAGCUAUGCUACCAAGUGGCCACACGAAAAGAAUGAGAUGUCUUGCUCUGUCUCCUUCAAACCGUGAGCUAUUUGCUACAAGUGCAUUGGAUUCGGUGGUUCAUUUUUGGAAGCUUCACUCCGAUAGGUUCACAGCUACUCUGUUUAAGACAGUUAAUCGGGUAGAAGUAGAUCAGAAGAGAUGGGCAGAAGACAUGGCUUGGCAUCCACAUAAGAGUGCACUUUUCUCCGUGUAUACUGCAGAUGAUGGUCACCCUCAGAUAUCAGCCUUAUAUCUGAACGAAGCUCGAGAGAGUUGUGAGUCAAAAUUUCUGAAGGACAGGCCACACAGCAAAGGUCUUAUCAACAGAAUCAUGUUUACGCCUUGGGAUGAUCCUUGUUUCAUCACAGGUGGGUGUGACCAUGCAGUAGUGUUAUGGCGUGAACAAUGUGAGAGUGCUAAUACGUGGAAGUCAACGCUUCUGCAUAAGGAUUUGCACUCUUCAGCUGUGAUGGGAGUUGCUGGAAUGCGCCAUAACAAUCUCGUCUUGUCAUGCGGAGACGAUAGGAGAUUUGUUGGGUUUGAUGCCCGAGAAGAAAAAGCCACGUUUAAGCAUAGACUAGACAACAGAUGCACAAGUUUGCUGCCAAACCCGCGUGAUGUUAAUCUUGUCAUGGUUCACACAAGGCAGCUUGACCGGCAACUUCGGCUGUAUGAUGUUAGAUUGCCUCAGACGGAACUAUUUUCAUUUGGGUGGAAGCAAGAAAGCAGUGAAUCGCAGUCUGCUCUAAUAAACCAGUCUUGGUCUCCAGAUGGUUUGCACAUCUCAUCGGGUUCUGCAGAUCCUGUGAUCCACAUCUUUGAUAUCCGCUACAAUGCACCGAGCCCGUCUGUCUCCAUCAAAGCUCAUAAGAAAAGAGUGUUCAAAGCUGAGUGGCACUCUUCUCGUCAGCUACUUGUCUCCAUCUCAUCUGAUUUAGAAAUUGGGAUUCACAAGCUAUGGUGAAAACUUAUAAACCCUACAUCAUCAAACCUCCUGAAUCUUGCAACUUGUCACAAAAACUUGGCUUUUAAAAAAAAAAAAAAAUUUUACAACAUGCCAGUCGAAAAGUAUAUAUGCGUUGCUAAAUCCAUUUCAGUUGCUAUAGUGAUUAAUUCA